GUAAGAGAUGUUGAGUCAGCAGGCCUCUGAGCCUCUUCUCUGCCUAAAACCAUGUCAGAUUCUUGGGAGGACUGGAAGGACUUGCAGGCUGUCCAUGUUUUCUAGACAAUUCAUCUGCUCACAGACAAGAAUGUGUCUCUGCCUUGCUCCUGGAGACGAUAGGAGAGUCCACAGAUGCAGAGAUAACUUCUACAGUAAAAGGAUUCACACGUGUCCUGUCAAAGCCAUUUUGGGGCAAGUUCCUUCAGCAAUAUGCAGAUUGCACUCUGACACCCAGAAGCUAUCCAUCAAACCCCCAGAGAGAUCUGUCUUCAGGGGAGAUGUCACCCCAAGCUUUAGACGCUUUGUGGCUCCCAGUCUUGUGUAGGAUAAAGCCCAGCCUCCUGGCCUGGCCUCCGAUGUCCUGUGAUGUGGCCCUGUCUGCUUCCUGUCCUGCUGCCCUUGUCCCUUCCAUGCUAGUUGUGCUGGAAUAUUUUACAUCAUCCAGCCAGGCUGGAGUGCAAUGGCCGAUCUUGGCUCACUGCAACCUCCACCUCCCAGGUUCAAGCAAUUCUCCUGCCUCAGCCUCCCGAGUAGCUGGGACUACAGGUGUGUACCACCACGCCCGGCUAAUUUUUGUACUUUUAGUAGAGACGGGGUUUCGCUAUAUUGGUCAGGCUGGUCUUGAACUUCUGACCUCAUGAUCUGCCCACCUCAGCCUCCCAAAGUGCUGGGAUUACAGGCAUGAGCCACCGCGCCCGGCCUACAUAUAUUUUUAAAGUGUAAAUGCUCAGCACACCUUUAUCCAAUGAUAAAAUGAAGUAGUUAGAUGAUUGCACCCUUGCGUAAUGAAGAAAUUUGGAUUUAGGAGAAGGUGAGAAGGCGCUGCAGAGGAGGAGAGAAAAGAGCAGGUAUGCUUUAAAAUGAAGGAAGUAACAGACCAAAUUUACCCGUAAAUGUUAAGGGAAGGAGGGAAAUAACCCUAACCUGCCAAGGCAAAAUACUGGCUGUUGAAGUGGUUUUAAUAAGAAGUGUGACAUUUUUGCAGUGAACCAGGCCUUCUUUGUCAGGAUGGUAUUAAUUUCCUGUGUUAAGACAUAGGAUGUGUGCUGACAGAGUGUCUCAGAAAACAUAUCUCCCAUCGUUAAAUCCCUCUGCACACCAACAACUUUAGAGACCAUUGCCUUUAACAGGUGUCCAGGAUUAGACGAUGAAUUGAAAAAAUGUUUGUAGGAUAGUUGAGUGGCAACCGACUCCUGAGGACAGUUUCAGAGUAGGGUUGAAAAACAAGAUUCAAACCCAAAAUAAAUAGUUGUUUUUUGUUUGUUUGUUUUUGUUUGUUUGUUUUGACAGUCUCACUGUAUCUCCCAGGCUGGAGUGCAGUGGCGUGAUCUCAGCUCACUGCAACCUCCAACUCCUGGGUUCAAGCGAUUCUCGUGCCUCAGCCUCCUAAUUAACUGGGUCUACAGAAAUCAUAGCCCACUAAUGAGUUUUGGAGCCAGCUUCGUCAGUUUUUUGAAUGCCAUGAUGACAUUUGAGGAAGAAAAAAUGCAGUUGGCAUGUGAUGACUUAAAAACCACAGAAAAACUGUGUGAAAGUGAAGAGGCUGGAGUAAUUGAAACAAUCAAGAAUAAAAUUAAGAAGAACGUUGAUGUCCGAAAAUCCGCCCCCUCUAUGGUUGAUCGGCUUCAGAGGCAGAUAAUCAUAGCUGACUGCCAGGUUUACCUGGCUGUGCUUUCAUUUGUAAAACAAGAAUUGUCAGCUUAUAUCAAAGGUGGGUGGAUCCUUAGGAAAGCCUGGAAGAUUUACAAUAAAUGCUAUCUGGACAUCAAUGCCCUUCAGGAGCUGUAUCAGAAGAAGCUAACUGAAGAGUCCUUGACUUCUGAUGCUGCAAAUGAUAAUCACAUUGUGGCUGAAGGGGUGUCUGAGGAGUCUCUGAACAGACUGAAAGGUGCUGUUAGCUUUGGAUAUGGCCUUUUUCACCUUUGCAUAUCCAUGGUGCCCCCAAACCUGCUCAAAAUCAUCAACCUGCUGGGUUUUCCUGGAGACCGCCUACAGGGGCUUUCUUCACUGAUGUAUGCAAGCGAAAGUAAGGACAUGAAGGCCCCUUUAGCUACAUUAGCUCUGCUCUGGUAUCAUACUGUAGUCCGCCCGUUUUUUGCCUUGGAUGGCAGUGAUAACAAGGCAGGCCUGGAUGAAGCUAAGGAAAUUCUCCUUAAAAAAGAAGCUGCUUAUCCAAAUUCUUCCCUCUUUAUGUUUUUCAAGGGACGGAUACAACGACUAGAGUGUCAAAUCAACAGUGCCUUGACGUCUUUCCACACUGCUUUGGAACUUGCAGUAGACCAGAGAGAAAUUCAGCAUGUCUGUCUGUAUGAAAUUGGUUGGUGCAGCAUGAUAGAGCUCAAUUUCAAGGACGCAUUUGGUUCCUUUGAGAGGCUAAAAAAUGAGUCCAGGUGGUCCCAGUGCUAUUAUGCCUACUUGACUGCAGUUUGUCAGGGAGCCACUGGUGAUGUGGAUGGGGCACAGAUUGUCUUUAAAGAAGUUCAGAAACUCUUCAAAAGGAAAAACAAUCAGAUUGAACAGUUCUCGGUGAAAAAGGCAGAGCGAUUUCGGAAGCAAACCCCAACCAAAGCACUCUGUGUGUUGGCGUCUAUCGAAGUGUUGUACUUGUGGAAAGCUCUUCCAAACUGUUCCUUCCCCAACCUGCAGAGGAUGAGUCAAGCUUGCCAUGAAGUGGAUGACUCAUCUGUUGUUGGAUUAAAGUAUUUGCUUCUUGGUGCCAUACACAAAUGUCUAGGAAACUCAGAAGAUGCUGUUCAGUACUUCCAGCGAGCUGUUAAAGAUGAAUUGUGUCGUCAGAAUAACUUAUAUGUUCAGCCGUAUGCCUGUUAUGAACUUGGCUGUCUUCUAUUAGACAAACCAGAGACUGUAGGAAGAGGCAGAGCUCUACUUCUUCAAGCAAAGGAGGAUUUCUCUGGCUACGACUUUGAAAACAGAUUGCAUGUCCGCAUCCAUGCUGCUCUGGCCUCUCUGAGGGAAUUGGUUCCUCAGUGACAGACCCGGAACACCUGCUCCGUCCCUCCCCACCCAGGGUCCGCACUUUAAAAUAAAAGCAGAGGACAAAGCUCUUGUGAAGAUGGGCUUUUCUUCUGAAAACCACCUGUGCCAGGGACACAUUUUCCCAGUUAAGCUGACAUAUUAAAGAUCUCCUCUUUUAAACAUGUAGCUAAAAAGUAAUAAUGAUGUUGAGGAGGAUGAUGAUGGUAAUAAUAACUAACCACCUGGGGAGAGGGUUAAGUGACCUUGCUCAAACGUUUUAGUUUUGUGAUUUAUUAUUUUUAAAAUAAAAUCAAACGGAACAUCCAACCCAAGAUCCUGUAGGAACACCUACCUUAAGCACAUAUCUGAAUGGGUAACAUGACGAGGUACCUGUAAAAUUAUUAACAAUAUCAUGACAUAGCAUUUAUAUUUGUGUUUUGAAAAAAUACAAGUGCUUUCUAGUGUUUUACUUUAUCCUCAAAAUACUCCAGUGAAUAACAUAGCACAGAUAUUCUUAACCCCACUUUGCAGACAGUGAAACUCAGGCACAAAAAGGCAAAUUGACUUAUCCCAAUUAAUUAUUCCUGUUAUCAGCAGAACAAUGAAUAGAAAGCAGAUCUCCUGACCACCAACUGACUGUUCUUUUAUUGUAAAAAGAAUUCAUGUUAAUAGGCCAGAAUUCCAUGUUUUACUUAUUAAAAGAACAAAAUCUUCAGCUGAAGUUAUGUCACCAGAAAUAGUUAUCUCCAGAUUGUCUACAGAAUGUUUCAAAGCGAUGGACACUCUUUUUCCUUUGAAAGCCAACCAAGUAAGAGCAAAUCUUAAUAGAAGAUAAUUUUACAACUAAAAGUGUGACUCUUUUGCUAAUCUAUUAGCCUAGUCUAUAGAUUAGACAAACAGUAUCUACAUUUUAGGAGUUUACCUUUCUUUGUGAAAAUUGUCGAAUUACCAACUUUUGGAAAUCUUUUGACACAUUACUUGAAAAGGUUAUUCGUGAAUGAACAUAGAUUUUGGCCUCAAAAUAUUUGCUGGUGGAACAUUUGCUGGGCUACACAGUGCCAGGAUUUAAUCAUUUUCCCCUUAGCUCAGGUUAUUUAGAUAUUAUAAAAGGAAUUCAAAGUUAUUUUUUUAUUCUUCAUUGCUAAUUUUUGUCAUUUAAUUUACCUCCAUGCCCGGUACUGCAAACCUGUGGUUCUGAAGAAUCUAAAUACCUCAGUCACUUUUAAGAAUCUCUGCCAUAAUUUGGCUGAAUGUUUAAGGUUAGAUUUUUAAAGAAAUUUUUAUUGAGCUAAAGGAUAUCAUUUUAGGGUAUCGUUUAUUUACAAAUUCUUUUGGCUGAAACAUGAUCUCAUAUUAAUAUUUUAAUAUUUUUUUCAAAAUAAAACAGAAAAGCAAGUAGAAUGUUGGCAAAUUUAAUCCGAUUUGACCUUGUUUUGAGGGAAUAGUCAUAAUUUCUUUGAAAGAAGUUAUUUCUCACUGAUUUUGGCUAAACUGUAUUCAUAUUUCUUCAUCUCUGUUCCUGACCACUUUUCAGUAGACUGUUUCCAAAAUGUUUAUUCACCUUGACUUUCUCCCUGAUGUGAAUUCGGUGUGGGUUUUAGAUAAUAGUAAGAGAGAAGAGAUUGGUCUCCUAUAUUCAGUGAAUGAGAAGGGAACUUUUUUCUGAAGAGCAAAAUUGGUGUCCAAAAAUAUUGGACAUCUGUUUUUUUUUUUUUUUUUGAGACGGAGUCUCGCUCUGUCACCCAGGCUGGAGUGCAGUGGCGUGAUCUUGGCUCACUGCAACCUCUGCCUCCUGGGUUCACACCAUUCUCCUGCCUCAGCCUCCCAAGUAGCUGGGACUACAGGCGCCUGCAACCACACCCGGCUAAUGUUUUUUUGUAUUUUUAGUAGAGAUGGGGUUUCACCAUGUUAGCCAGGAUUGUCUCCAUCUCCUGACCUCGUGAUCCACCCGCCUCGGCCUCCCAAAGAGCUGGGAUUACUGGCGUGAGCCACCGUGCCCGGCCUGGACAUCUGGUUUUAACUAGAUGGAAGGGAAGAACAUUAUGAAUCUUUAAGAUAUGGCUGUUGCCGUUUUUCUCUCUUCUUAACAUGCAGCAUAGGUGACAAGCUUUUCUGUCAUCAUCAUGGAGCAUUCUGAAUCAUGACAUUUUUGUUUGAGAGUUCAUUCUUGAAUUUUCAGUUCAAAAUAUUGUUUGAACUAUUAUUCCACAUUCAAAGAUUAUAUAAGGUCCUGUGCUUUUGAAUCUUUUUCAAAAAAUUUAUUUCUGCCUGCUUAAAAAAAAAACUUUUAUUUCCCCACAGAGAGUUCAGGACUUCAGAUUAGUUUGUGUUCAGCUCACUUAACUGGAUAGACAAUUUUGCGUUUUGCAACACCAUCCUGUAGGUUUUCUUUACUAGUCAAAGUGUAGGUCUUUUUAAAAAUUUUAAUCUUUAUUUUUAUUUUUAUUUUGAAACAGAGUCUCACUCUGUUGCCCAGGCUGGAGUGCAGUGGUGUGAUCUGUGCUCACUGCAACCUCUGUCGCCCGGGUUUAAGCGAUUCUUCUGCCUGAGCCUCCCAAGUAGCUGGGAUUACGGGUUCCUGCCACCGCGCCUGGCCAAUUUUUGCAGUUUUAGUAGAGGCAGGGUUUCACCACCUUGGCCAGGCUGGUCUUGAACUCCUGACCUCAUGAUCCACCCACCUUGUCCUCUCAAAAUGCUUACAGGCAUGUACCACUGUGACCGGCCAGGUCUUUUUUUUUUUUUUUAAAAAAAAGGCUUGGUACAGAUGGCGCCUGUGGUAAAUCUGUGUUAACAUGGUGGUAGACCAUGGAGAAUGGGUAGAUGGGGCUUCUAGACUCCAAAACAACAAAACCACAGUGUGAGUACACUGUCCCAUUAGGUUGACUGAAGUCUGAGUACAUUUUCUGGCCUGCGUGCUGUGACUCAUCCAACCUGUGAACUGAUUGUGAUCUGCUUGGUAACUUGGUUUGGUGUAAACUGCUCUUAACCCUUUGCUGAUGAAGAAAAUAAUCAUAUAAGUGGAACUAUUUGCAUCUAUGUGUGCUUCUUUUUUUAUGUUGUCAUCACUCAUUCCUUCCCCUGUCCUAUUUUGGAGGCUCUCAAUGGAUCUUCUAACUUAUAAAUGUCAAAUAUAUUUUUGUAUUAGAUUGUGCCUAUGAUGAGAGAAAUCUUUAAUGUAUAUUUUAUGUAUGCUGAACACAUUUUUAUAAUUUGACACACUUGGAGGCAUGGUCUAGUAAUAAUAAUGUAAUAUGUACCUUGCUGGUUAAUAUAACUAAGAUUUUGCCUUUA